AUGGAAGUUGCAGCGAGAGAGGCAUGUUGUAUUCCUCAUAUUGGAUGCUACGCUCAUACACUCAACUUGGCAGCGCAAAAGGGCCUUAAGGUGAACGCCGUGUCACGAAUUCUUGCUCGUGUAUGGCGCGUCGUAUCCUUUUUCUUCUUUUUUUACCGUAGUACGACUGCUGCAGCUUUGCUAAAAGAGAAAACUAAACAGCUAGGACUUAAAAAUGUUAAGUUACUGCAAGAUGUACCUACACGGUGGAAUUCUGCGUGUGAUAUGCUGGAGAGGUUUCGUGAACUGCAGCCCGCAAUCUACGCUGUACAAGUGGCUAAAGAAAUUCGUAGCAAUGUGAAUGACAUAUCAACAUUAUCUGAGGCAGAUAUCACGAUAGCAGAGGACAUUGUGGCGUGCCUUCUUCCACUGAAAGCAAUUACAACUGUAUUAUGCACAGAGAAGAUGCCUACUGUAUCUAUCAUUCUUCCACUCCAGAAAAAAUUGCUGACAAGUGUUCUGGUUUCUAAAGAGAUGGAUUCUGAUGUUAUUAAACAGAUGAAGAAGACGAUGGCUUCUGAUCUGGAUAGCAGGUAUGCCAAUAAGCAGGAGUUUUUGCAGGAGUGUACUGUUUUGGAUCCUCGCUUCAAAGCAUCCUGUGUCACUACAGAGCAGCAACAUGAGGUGUAUGACAGACUUGCUACCGAAGCAGCUAGUUUGAAGUCACAACCUCAGUUACCUGUAUCUGGGAAGGUGGAACCGAGCACAUCAACCCCAACAGUUACUGACCUACCGGCGUUACCAGACUUGCCAGAUGUUGAAUCAGCUGAUUUACAGUCCGAUGUCAAACUAGUAGAUGAUGUCAAGUCUGUCACUGCAAUCACGACAAAGAUUACUAGUGACCUCACUACUCAGUCUGGUUGUGCUAGUGGUGGUUUAGCCUCCAUUUUGGGUGAUGUUGUUUUUAUAAAGAAGGAGAUGUUACCCCAGAAAUCCAAUUUGGAACAGGCUAUAUUUGAGAUUGAUGUGUUCAAGGGACAGGCACUAAUACCAGUGUCAGAAGACCCAUUGGUCUGGUGAAAAGGACACCAAUGGCAGUUUCUUCUCUCCCAAUUAGCAAGGAAACGGCUGUGUAUUCCAGCGACCUCGGUACCAUCCGAGCGUGUAUUCAGUACAGCUGGGGACAUUGUAACAGCACAGAGGGCCGCACUCAAUCCUGAAGUAGUAGACAUGUUGAUUUUCUUGAACAAAAAUAUGGCCUGAAACAUUUAGCCUCACAGAUGAAAAUAAUAAAGAUCAUUAAAAAGUUUAUACCUUCUGCUUUUAUUAAAAAACAACCCAUAAAUAUUAAAUUUAAAUAAUAUCAAGUAUAUUGCAAUACAUAUUGCAAUACGGUUUCUUAUAUCGCAAUAUAUCGCAAUACGGUUUUGACUGUAUCGUUGCACCCCUACCACCCACCCUCAAUUUCUGAACCCUGCGCAAGACUGCUUGGAUGACAAGAAAGCAGAAUUUUUGUUAACCGACCUGGCAAACCCCACGUUACCGGGUCCUUCCCCAGAUUUCUUGAUCUGUGAUGUAUCAAUUUUUAACAUAACUAAAUGACUGGUAAUUGAUAAACAUUAACUGAUACAUAAAUAGAAAAGCUAAAGUUUGACACGAUUCACGCUUUUGAGAGCAAAAACAAACAGCGCUAACAAUUAUUACAAAUGCUCUUUGAAGUUAACCAGACUGUGUCUAUAAUUAUUAUGUAGCGAGGCUCUCCACCACGGACGAACAUCCACAACCAAAGACAGGAUAAUUUCGUUCCACUUAGUCUAUUUAGCUUAAUCUAUUAUUCUGUAAUUAUGACCCUAAUCCUCGACAGCCAAGACCACCCGAGACAGGCGCGUUUCACUUGUUUGACAUGAUUGACAAUACAUUCGUCUUUAAAAUACAAUCGGCAACGACAGUUUGAUCAAUCCACACGCUUAGAGGUGCAUACUCUAUUAAAUCUUUAUGGCGGGACCAAAGAAUUAGGUCGAGAGAUCGAGUUUAUUGAGUUUUCGAAGGUCUUUAUUACUAGUUUGUACAGCAACUCGGCGGGGACCGUCGCUUCAGAUUGAGAGAUCGACAUUUUCGAGAGAUCGAAGGUGGAGUGAUCGAAGUUUGACUGUAUAUACAAUAUAUAGAUAUUUAUACAUCAAUACAUACUAGCCAGUGCCAGGUCUGCCCACUGUGUCAUGCACGUAAACGGGGUCGACCGCGUAGAUUAUAGGCCCCAGGCAUGUGGUUGAGUUAAACAGUCACCGAGCAUGCCAAACACAGCAUAUUUUAAGAUAAAGAUAAAAUUUUACCUUUAAAAAUAUGGCAAAUGUAUAUGCUUCACUUAAUUCUGGACCUCACGUUUAUUAUGAUUGCCAACGUGGAUGUUUUAUUUUUCGUCUCAUUUGAAUUCUAACGACAGAGAAUUAAUUUAGGUGGUUUUUGAUAUCCUUAACAAUCAACCGCUUGCUGUUAUGGUCUUAUUGUUUGUCAUAAUCAUUCAGAGUACAUUAAUUAUUUUACAAGCUGUUGAAAUAGCCAUUACUUGAACGACUUUUAUUCUUACUAAAAAGAAAUGUAUAUAACAUUCAAUGCUAUUGUUAUAAAUGAGUUAUUUGUUUCUUAUCUAAGGGUGGACUGAUGUCCCAAUCCCCAUCACUCGCUUCAUAAAGAUUUUGAUUAGCCAUUCAAAUGAUUAUAUGUUAAUGUCUUUACUAAAGUACACACCUAAUUCAUCAUUUCCAGAUGCCGUGGAUAUUGCAGAAAUGCCAUCCCUCGACGUAGACUGAGAAAUAGCUGCAUCGAGCAAGAAAACCCUACCUAACAUCUUUAGGUUAGGAGAAAAGGGAAGAAGAAAACUGUGUUAAUAUGUUACGUUGUGCGUUUUAACACAAUUUUAAAUAAGACGUUCUUAUCUUUUGACUGUUUUUGAAAUCUUGUUUAAAAUUAAUUUGUUGACAGAAGAUUUUAAAAAUGUAUUAAUGUAGAUUUGUCAUUCUGUUGUUGACAUACAUUACGUUAUUAGUCCAUGUAAAAAUAAAAUACAAAACUGAAGGCACGCAAUAACUAGUUGAAUGCAUGUAAUACGAACAAACGUAAUUAUGCAGUAUCAAAGUUAUAGGUGUCAUAUUUAGUUAUUUUUGUCAUAUUUAUUUCUGAUAAAUUAAUCUGAUUAAUCGAAUCCUCCACAUGUAAUUGUUGCAUAAAUUGUAAUGUGCUAUGACGUUUUAUAAAUAGUGGGUUUUCCAUGACGUUUUGAUUAAAAAUAUAAAAGUUCAUAAAAAAAAAUGCUUCAUGAUGUACUCACUGAAAUAGCAGUCUUUUAAAAAAAAAAUGUGAAUGUGGAAAUGCGAUCUAAAUUGAAACUGAGACGUCAUAUGUGAAGUAAAGUUUGUUUUAUUUAACGACGCCGCUAGAGCACAUUGAUUUUUUAUCUUAUUA